AUCAAUAAAUAAAGAGGAAGUGUCAAUUACCUACGGGUCCUGCUAUCCCAUACGCGGCACUUGAAUUUGUUAGCGGUUUAGUAAACAUGCAAGUUUUCUUUCUCAUUUCCUUUGGUUUAAUUGUUUUUGCAGAAGUAAUUGAAGAGAAAACAGCAGUUCUUAUCCUCGCCAGAGGUGGAUCAAAAGGCAUACGUUUAAAGAAUCUGCAAGCAGUAGGUGGGUUAAGCUUACUAAAUCGCGCAAUCCGCACGGCUAAGAUUGCUGGAAUUCGGGAUGUGACUGUAUCAACGGAUCAUCCACUUAUUGCUCUAGAAAGCAUCAAAAAUAUCAUUUUUAAUUUAACAGGUGGAGCUAGAGUUUUUCACAGAAGUCCAAUCACAGCAACUGAUUGGGCCCCAUCCAUUUGGGGAACACUUGAGUUUUUAAGCAGCAAACCUCAUGUCGAGAUACUUAUACUACUCCAAGCGACUUCGCCUUUCGUAGAGCCAACUAAUUUGAUAGGUGCUUUGCGAAAGUUAACCUUUCCAAUUCCUUUUGAUUGUAUCUUUUCUGCUACAAGAAGUUAUAAGCUCCGUUGGAAACCUGUGAGUAUUGGAGUAACCCCAAUCAAUUUUGACCCUAACGCUAGACCUCGAAGGCAGGACUGGAGUGGAGAAUUAUUAGAAACUGGAGCAUUUUAUAUGACUCGAAGAAAUGUUGUUAUGAGCGGAUCAUUUCAAAACCAUAAGUAAUUCGUAUUUCAUAUGCAUACCAUUUCAUUACUUAUAUCCGUUGUUGUUGUUUUCUUUUAUUCGUAUGAAAUUAUUAAUCUUAUUAACGUGUGGUGUACCAUGCAGCAACAAAACGCGAAAUGUCAAGAUAGUAAUUUUCAUGUUGCGUUCCACUUUUCUUAAAAAUAAAUACCAAAAUCUUUUCGAAAUUAUCUUGAAGUGACAUGUUACAAUGGAGAUGUAU